AUGUCAACCCCCAAACCCCGCGGUCGACCCGCGAGGCGGAAAUCUGAUGAUACUGCAUCAAGCAUCGAUCAAGAUGUGACAGUUCCAACACAAAUUCCGGCGCCUGCAACCCCUCGGUACACGACAUUAGCAACGCCGUCUGCGCUUCUUCGCUCGGUCACUCGUCGGACUCCCCGCGCUGCUCCUGUGACACCCUUUGGCCUGCGCGCAAUCCAACGCCGCGGCGCUAAUACGCCUGGUCGAGAUCGAAGACGUAGUACUCGCGGUCCGCAGAGAGAAACGGCUUUUGAUUUGUUGAAGAAUCUGGGCAGGGCUCUGGCUCCUGUAUCUAAACCAAUUCAAUCCUCGCCUCAAGAUGAACGAUCAUCGACACCGGAUGUUUCAUCGCCAGUGGAAGACGAAACAUUGGUUCUCGACAAUGAGCCAUUACCUGAACGUCCACGGUUGUCACUGCCGAUUGAUGAAAGCGGGACAAGCGAAGAUGGCAGCUCGGAUUUACGGCCGCCGCGAAUGUCGGUGGCCUUUGACGAUGACGAUAUUACACAGCACUCUAUUGAAUAUGCACGACGAGAUAUCAGCAUUAAAGAUCAAGAACGGAGGCGCAUGACCUUUGGGAGCGAUAAUUUUGAAGAUCUCACGCGGCUGGACGUGUUUUCAGAAGCGGGAGAUUUGACGGCACUUCAGCAGGGCAGUGAUAACGUCGUGGAGGAUUCUCCUCUAGGACAAGCAGACUUUGGCGGGGGUGACACCGAAGACCUAGGUCGCUUCAGCUUGGAUUUUACUUUCCCUACUCCACCUCCAGCGGUAGAAGCUGAAGCCUUGCCAAAUGAAGAAGAUAACUUCAUGCUGGAUGUUGACCAGCCUGAUGUCGGACUAGCCUCUUCAAGCCCCAACGGCGAAGCAGGUGAUUUCGGAGGGGUUUCAACAAAUAUGCCCGAACAGGUUUCCGAGCCUGGCACACCUGGGGUUGUUGGCGGCGGACUACGCGAUGAGCCCCUGGCGAGAAGCCGAAAGCAAAAAAAGCUGUCCCGCCAUGGCAUUCCCGUCCCGAACCUACCGUCCGGCGUGGUAAAGCGACUAGCCAUGCGCUUUGCGCGCGCUGGGGCUGUGAAGAAGGCGAAAAUCAGCAAGGAAACCCUGGCUGCCGUCGAGCAGGCUUCUGAAUGGUUCUUUGAGCAGGCUAGUGAGGAUCUUUCUACGUAUGCCAAACAUGCAGGUCGGCGGACGAUUGACGAGAGCGAUGUCUUGACUCUGAUGAGGCGACAGCGUCUUGUCAACAACACCAACUCGGUAUUUUCGCUCGCCCAGAGGCAUUUACCGAAAGAGCUACUGCAGGACAUGCGCCUGUCUUUGCCUCCUUGA